CUCUCUCCCCGAAUUCCUUUGUCUCCCCGAAUCUCUUUGUCUUCAAUUCUCUCUCUUCCUUUUACUUUAACAGUCGUCGCUGGUUUUUUUUUCGUCGUCGUUAACGUACCCACUCACGCUCUCUUCUUCGCUUCAUCGUGUCGCCUGGUUGCUCGACACCACAGUCACUCUUUUUCUCCUCGCUACGCGCUCAUUCAAAUCAACAUAUCGUCACCACGAUCUCCUGAGGCCCGCGACAAAUCUUCUCUUCCCCAGACACAAACGUCACACGUUCUGCGAACGUCCUCGGCUACAAUUCGACAAUCACUGGUUUGAUUGUCGCGCCUGAAUCUAGCUUCCACGUCUUGAGGACUUUGGCAGACACAGAAUAUCGCCAGCAUUCAUUCUUUGCGAAUUGUAUCUUCAUCAUACAUUACACUCCUUGGCCGCCAAAAUGAUCUUCUCAACUCGCACCGUCGCCGUGGCGGCAGCUUUCUUCUUCUCGAACACCUUGGCUUCUCAGGUCGUUCAGUACACUCCAGGCGGAGAUGACACCCUCGUUGAGCGCAUGGACUCAAUUCUGUCUCCCAAUGCCAUUGCCGCUCACGUCCACCAAAUCUUUGGUGCUUCAAAUUCUGGCCCUGGCAUGACCUUCGAUUCGCUCCGAGAGUCGGAUUGUACUACCGUUGGUUCCGCCGAGGGCGAUGGUAACGCCGACGAUAUGAGCAGCUACUGGCACCCUUCUCUCUACAUGGAGGCCAAGGACGGCUCGGGUUACUUUCGCAUUCCGACCAGUGGCCACAAGCUGUACUACCGUGACGUCGGUAAUGCCCAGGACCAAAAGGUCAACCCUUUCGAAUUUCCCCCAGGCUUCCGCAUGAUUGCCGGACAACAGACCUUGCGCGCACCGAACGAGGACGUUAAGCACCGUGCCAUCACCCAAUGGAUCUGCCACAAGCCUGGCGGUUGGAACGAGGGCAAAGACGGUGGUUUCCCGACCGGUGUUCAGGACUGCACCGAUUAUCCCGGCUUCAACGGCGCCAUCGAAUUCCCUCACUGCUGGAACGGCAAGGACUUCGAUCAAGCCAACCCUGGUGCCCAUGUGAGCUACCCGGAAGGCGACGUGAUGUUUGGCCCCUGCCCUGCAAGUCACCCGAAGCGUCUGCCGCACAUUUUCAUCGAGAACCAAUUCGACCUUCACAAGGUCGUUGACAAGGUCAAGCCAGACACGUUUGUUCUCUCUCAAGGUGACAAGACUGGUUUCGGAUGGCACAUGGAUUUCGUCAACGGCUGGAAGGUUGGCACUCUCUCGACCUUGCUCAACAACGGCACUUCUCCUGGCUGCCCGACUCCUUUCUACGGCAAUGAAGACAUUGGAGUCUGCCCCGCGUUUCACAAAUCUCCCGUCAAGACCAAGAACUGCAAACUCAAGAUGAGCUUCCCUGAGAAGGUCGACACUCCAGGAGAUUCGCUUCCUGGAUGCAACCCCAUCUCGACUGUCAACCCCGCGCCGGCCAUGGAAAUCGCCGCACUCGGUGUCGCCACUUCUCAAUGCUCGCUGAAGGGAUCUUCUGGCUCGUCUGGUAGUGGAAGCAGUGGCAGCAACACCUCUCCUGGCACCUCACAACCCACUACUACCUCGACCCAGGCCGCUCCUACUUACAACGCACCUACUACUUUCAGCACCCAGAAGGCAGAGCCUACCAAGACCACCUCUGCCGAAUCUAAGCCCACCGGAUAUGGCAAUGGCGGCAACAGCAACGGUGGUGGCAGCAACACAGAUGGUGGCUCCACGAAGCCUGACUCUGGCUCUUCCGUCUCUCUCUGCCCAGAACAAAACGGAAAGACAUACACUGACCCCACAUCGAAGAAGAGUUUCAUGAUCGACUGUGCCCACGACCACGCUGGCGGUGACAUGGACUUCAAGUUGAUCUUCUCCGGCGGCCUCUCUGCUUGUAUCGCCACCUGCGCUUCCACUUCCGGCUGUGUCGACGUCAGCAUGUCCGGCGCCGCCUGCUACCUCAAGAAAUCUGCCGGAAAGAGCGUCGGCAACCUGUUGGUCUUCAGCGCCAAGCUCAUCGAUGGAGCCUCCUCGAGUGACAAGGACUCUUCAGCCGGCACGACCGCUGCUGCUGCUCCCGCCGCAACCACCGCCGCUCCCGCCGGCUACAAUUCCAACAAGCCUGUCGGCGCUGCAGACUACCAGCCUGUCCAGAAGAACGGCUCCGACGACAACAACAACGCCGGCGUCCACAUGGUCACCGUCACGGAGGAGACUGUCGUUACCGCCACCCAGUGGGUCACCGUCUACGCCCGCGAUGCGCCCGCUCCGACCGGCGCCGCCGAGAACAAUGAACGUCGUGGUGAGGCUGGCGCGAGACACGGUCAUGGUCAUGCGCUCGCGCACAUCAAGCGUGCUGCCGCCGCGAAGGCUUAGAUAGUCAUUUGAUAUGAACAAGGGACAGGAUGCGUGUUGUGGAAUGUGACUCAGCUGUGCUGACCCUCAUCGCUUCACGACAAGGGAAAAGGAUGGAUGAAAGGACCGGCAUCGUCCUUUUUCGGCUUUUUUUGUACUUUCGCUGCACUUCUUUUUUUUCUUUUCGCUUUUCUCUCUCGCUCGCUCUCACGGUCGUUUUCAAACCUUUGUAUGACAUUUCACGAGAACUACGGAAUAUGGGAAAUGGAAUUUUCCACAGAAGGGAAGAUUUUGGGGGAAA